UAAAAGAUGUUAACGAUAAUCAAUAAUUUUAUUAAAUCAUUGGCUUAAAUUUCUGCGCCGAACGCUCUGCGCAAUACAUGUGUGCGUGUAUAGUAGGCGCCGGCUUCGCUACGUAGUAGACGUAGACCGUUGCAACUCGUGGUUAUCACGUGUACAGUAACUCGCAUUGACUUGUUUUGCUGUGUAAAGGAAAAGAGAAUAUUACUAAACAUUUUGGCAAGGAGGAUUCUACAUAUAAUAUCUUGAGUAAUACGUACAUACUUUUAAUAUAUGUAUAUAUUAGCAUUUCAUUAAUAGUACAUAUACAUAUUUUGCAUUGUAAAGAAAAAUGAAUACCGAUUAUGUCAUUGCGGAAUUUAACGAUGGACUUCAGCUAAUACCUGCAUUGUGGUACAAUGCAGAUAAACGUUCAAGUAUUUGGCCUACUCAUUUUAAAAGUAAAUUUAGAAUAAAUAAAGCAAUAAUAACAAGAGAAAUGCCACAAAAUGUUGAAUGGGAAGUAUUACCAGUGAAAAGGAUUUUUGGCAGAGCAGAUAAUUAUGAAGAAGGUAGAAAAUUAAUCAUAGCUGAAGACACAUCUAAUAUAGAGGCAUCAUCUGAUGAAUUAAACAUACAAAAGAAAAAAAGAAGACGUGAGAAAGCCAAGAAAAUUAUGUCAUCUUCUUCAGACGAAGAUCUAUGUUUUAAUGGAGAUAAUUUAAAUGAAAACAAUUAUGCAAGACAAAGUUGUAGUAACCUCCUACCUGCAUGUCCAGAAAUUCGAAAUUUUGUACCUCAAAAAAAGCAUAUGCAGACAUUCACAGAAAACAAUCCUACAAAUGUUUUAUAUCAAAAUUCUUACAAUAAAACUGUUAACAUUGAAAAUAUUUCAAAGACACAAAAG